UCUUUGUCCAUAGCUAGCGACAUCUAGCGACUUCUCAAACGUACGCUAACGACUUUUUGACAUGUAGAGUUGGCAACACUGGUCAUAUGUUUAUUUUAUGAUGAAGUUGUCAGAAUUUGUUUAUCAGUUUAGGUUAUUUGGAGUUUGAACUUAAUCAUGUCUAUCAAAUUAUAUUGUGACUUAAUGUCACAGCCCUCUCGUACUUUAUAUAUUUUAUUGAAAUCUAUCAAAUGUGAUUUCGAAACUAAAUUGGUUGAUUUAAGAAAAGGUGAGCACUUUUCUGACGAGUUUACGAGGAUAAAUAGGAUACAAAGGGUUCCUGUCAUUGAACACAAUGGAUUUAUUUUAAGUGAAAGUGUUGCUAUAGUAAAUUAUUUAUCGAGGGAGGGGAUAAUUCCCGAUAUUUUAUACCCUCGAGACUCCAAGCAAAAAGCGAGAGUGGAAGAGUUUUUGGAGUGGCACCACAUUGGAUUAAGGCUGCAUUGUUCCAUGUACUUCAGAGUAAAGCAACUUGACCCGAUUUUUACUGGAAAACAACCGGAGGCCAAAACGGUGGCUGGUUACGAGAAUCGGAUGGUCCAAGCCCUUGAAACUUUCAGCACAAAGUGGCUGGGAACUGGUACCGACUUUAUAGUUGGCAAUACUAUAACUAUUGCCGACUUAUUUGCUGCAUGUGAAUUGGAACAACCAAGGAUGGCUGGAUACGACCCAAAACAGCAUUUUCCGGUAAUAUCUUCAUGGUCUAAAAAAGUGCAAGAAUAUUUCAACCCAUAUUACGACGAAGGACAUGUAAUAGUCAACAAGGUUGCAAAUAAAAAAAAGAUAUCUUCAAAAAUAUGAAACUUAUCGACAAUAACCAAGACUUAUAUUUUUGUAAUUUUAACUUAAGAAACGGGAAUAUAAAUAUAUAAAAGAUUAUUAAUUUUUAUUGACUCUUGAUGCCAAUAUAGCCCAAGGAC